AUGAAGUGUGGAAACCCUGCAGUUGAGGGAGAAUCUCCAUCUAGUCAACUUACAGGGAGUCACGAUAAUCAGAUGAUGACUUCUUCGCUCCCUGCCUCUCAGGCAGCGACAGGUGCUCCCACACUGUCUCGUCUGCUGGAAGCUGGCCCCGCCCAAUUUCCCUCUCAGCUGAGCUCAUUGGCCACUGCAGACUCCGCCCUCAGCGCUGCCACCUCUGCAGUGGACACCGCUGCCCCGCUCGGCACAGGAGGUGAUGGAGCCCCCAUGGCUUCAGUGGAUAAUAAGGAGGCAGUUUUAGGGGAAGAGGACCUGGUGACUGUGUCCUAUAUGGCAGAGGAGCUGGACUUAGAGACAGUUGGGGACAUCAUAGCCAUUAUUGAAGAGAAGGGUGACGAGAAUGCCGAGGCACUGGAUGCUGCAGCGGUGGAAGCCGCUCUGUCUCUGUGUGAGGACACGGGUCACAAUCUGUCAGGUACCUGGGAGCCCGACCCCUUCAGACCCAGUGGCCCCGAGCCCUCCAGCACUUCAGAGGACUUAGAUCCACAUUCCCUGCAUCUGUUAGAGGGGAAGCGAGAGGGUCUUGACAUGUGUGGAUCCAGCAGUGGGUGUGCACAGGAGUACAUGACACCCUCCACCACUGUCCCCUCUGUUCCUCAAGACCCCACUCCAACAGCAGGAGCCCAUUCAGACCCAGAUGCAGAGCACACUGACGAGGCCCAGAAUGGGUGGCCAGAAUCCCUGCAUGCUGUGAUCAAAAGCGAGACUGAUGAAUGGACACGGUCUCAAUCAGAUACACGGUCAGAAGAUGACCCUGUGAUAAAACAGCACUCAAAGAAAGUGAAAGAGGAGGAGGAGGCCGUGAGUGAUGCGGAGGAGGGCAGUGUGUCGGAGAUGAAAGCUGGAUUAGAAGGGGAUGGAGUCGAGGAUUGUGGGGGAGAAGAGGAUGGAGACGGAGUUUAUCUCUCAGAGCCAGAGGGGGAAACAGAGUUGGAUCCUCCGGCCAGCGAGAGCGAGGACGGCUACAGCAUGCACACGGCAUCCUCUUCUGUACAGCUCCACACAACUGCAGACUCCAUUCCCAGCAGCCCUGCCUCCUCACAGUUGUAUGUGCCAAAACUACACAUAAUUGAUGGGGGCACCAGGGGACGACGCUGCGCUAUAGAAGCAGACUUGAAGAUGAAGAAAUGA